GUGCCACCGGCGGGGUCAAAGCGGUGCCUCUCGGCGACAUGGAGAGAACGGCAAGGUCAAGAUGCACGGCGGCGUCGACGACGGCUCGGCCGCGUCCUCGCCCCUGUCGCCGGUGGCGGCCAGCAGCGGCGCCGCCUCGUCGACCGACAUGGGGGACAUGAUGACGCGCGUCUACGCCUGGCGGUUCGUGCAACUCACGCUCUUCAUCCUCUACUCCAUGACGAACGCCUUCCAGUGGAUAGAGUACUCCAUCAUCACCAACCUCGUUAUGAAAUACUACAACAUAGAUGAGCUCACAGUGAACUGGACAGCUGUGGUGUACAUGGUGACCUACAUACCACUUAUCUUCCCUGCUUCCUGGCUGCUUGAACGACGAGGUCUUCGAUUUGUUGUUAUCCUAGGAGCGCUUGGGACUUGCGGCUCAUGGAUCAAGGUACUGAGUGUGGAGCGUGACCGCUUUGUGGUGUGCCUCGUGGGCCAGACCGUCGUAGCCGUGUCGCAAAUCUUCAUCUUGAGCAUCCCACCACGCCUUGCAGCCGUCUGGUUCAGUGCGCAGGAGGUUUCUCGAGCGUGCUCCUUUGGAGUCUUCGGCAACCAGUUGGGAAUCGCACUGGGCUUUCUGAUUCCUCCCCAAGUGGUGACUGGGUCUCCGGAUACCGCCGAAGGCCUGGAGGAGAUUGGCCGUGGCUUGACCUUUCUGUGCUAUGGGGUCGCCAUUUUCAGCAGUGUUGUGCUUAUCGGCAUCCUGUUUGGUUUUCGUGACAAACCACCUCGUCCACCAAGCAGAGCACAAGUGUCCAGGGAACAGGCCGACCCAACAGGGUACUGGCACUCCAUGCGGAACCUGCUGCGCAAUGCCAACUACAUGCUGUUGCUGAUCACAUAUGGCAUCAACGUGGGAACCUUCUAUGCCAUCUCGACGCUACUCAACCAGGUUUUCCUGACCUAUUUCAAAGGUCAAGAGACCACCGCUGGCUGGCUGGGGCUGUCCCUCGUAAUCUCUGGCAUGGUUGGAUCGGUCCUCUGUGGCAUAGUGCUCGACGAGACACAUCGCUACAAGGAGACCACACUUGUUGUCUACGUGUUCUCCUUGGCAGGCAUGGUGGCCUACACAUAUGUGCUGGAUACGGCCAUGUUGUGGCCCGUGUUCUUCGUCACAUGUUUACUUGGGUUCUUCAUGACGGGCUACCUUCCGCUGGUUGAGUUUGCAGCUGAAGUAACCUACCCUGAGCCGGAGGGCACAUCAUCAGGCCUGCUCAAUGCCUCAGCACAAGUCUUUGGCAUUCUCUUUACCAUGGUUGCUGGCAAAAUGCUUGUCGUAUAUGGGGAUCGCACUACAAACCUUGCGCUCUCUGGUGCUCUACUUGUUGGUUCCAUACUCACAGCUCUGAUUCGCUCUGACUUGAGGAGACGUCAUGCCCAGCUGCAGUCUGAACCAUCGGCCAUCGUGUCCACAUGACUAUUGCGACUUGGAGACCUCGAUCACAUCGGUCUUUUGUAGGCCAGCAGCCUCACCUCUUCUAUCAACAGCUGCAGCACUAGUGGCCAGUGGGGCCAUCACGAACUUUCCCCACGCAUUGUGCAACUGCAAGGAACAGCACCCUUAUAAGGCAUGCCGGAAGAGCACCCUUGGAGACUGCGCUGACUCGUGCCACGAAGAAUGGUGCACUUGGCUAGUCUGCUUCUGUAAGCAGUGUCGCAGUGAAAGAGAAAUGACCUUACAAAAAUAGAAUCGUGGCACAGGGGCAGUUCAAGUACGAUGCCGGUUGUCUUUUCCUCCUGUGCCAACUCUCCUAUUGCAACGUCAUUUACUCGAGAGACCUCUGACUUACAUUGUGAGCAUCGAAAUAUGUGUGGAUAGGCAUGUGCGUCUUUUAUGUUGUUAUAGAUCAUUUUAAAAAAAUUGUGGCUCUCUUUAGGCUAGCUGUACAGAGUGGAAGCUCCAAAAGAAAAGCUUUGCUUGCAAGCGAGUAUCUGGUUGCUGGAAAGCUGUUGUGGUGCAUAAUCUGUAGCAUGAAGUACUUGAUGCUUCAUGUUUAGGGUGCGGAAAGGCAACCCUGUACAAGGUAUAUUUAUGUGGUGUACCUUCCUUCAGUAUGUUAAGAUCCUUCAAAGGCAGCAUACUAAUGUUAAUGUUUAAAGAAGUCGUGGCGUAUGGGAUGCAAAAAUGAGUGAUUCUAUGUGUGCAAGUAUAUUUUUGAGCAUGUAGCUCACUAGGCUAGCUAGCACAAAUUAUGUAUUAGCUGAAGCUGACGAUGUAAUUAAAACAUCGUGUACAUCUUCCAUUUUCCAGUAGCAUGUGUAGAACAGAUGUAUAUGUAAUUAAUGUUGUUAAAUCUUUAAACGUGAUCUUAGGAAGGUGUGGCUGUGCUCCCCUGUUUGCAGCACCCUAGUCCGAAGCCCACCCUGCAGUCUUGUGCGUGGCCAAAAGGCACAUUCAGGGUAUUGCAGAGCGUCUUUCAUAUUUACAGCAAUUUGUGUUCACUCAUUAUGUUCUGCAUGAUCUCUGGUGUCAUUGCUUCGGGUAACAGAGAAUGAACAAAACAAAAAGCUUCAGGUGCUUCCACGACCACGUGCUUUCAGGUAACAGCUGCUAUUUGAAGUGCUUCCAUUUAUGACGCAGCAGGAUUUGAUGCAUUGUACUGUUGGCUUUAUAUAAAUGAUUGACGUCAUCCAUGUUU